CAGAGCACAACUAAAUAUUUCCAUCUCGUGCAAGAAAAGUUAUACAACAGAGCAGAAACUGUUGCAUCUGAGCUGCAUUUCAAAACCAGGUGCUUAAGGCCAAAUAGGGGAAAUGAGAGAAUCUGUACGUUAAUAAAAAAGCUCUAAGGAAAAUCUGCUCACAAAGCAGAAGUAAAUCUGGGCAAGUUUGAGAAAAUCCAUUUUGGUUGGUAAUUCCUGGUUUUGAAAGGGUUGGGUUGAAAGGUCACUCUGCACUGCUGUGACUCAGAAUCUAAUCUAAUCUGUUAGAUGUCUUCAAGUCACCAUUACUUCUGAAAACUCUGCUCACAACUAAAAAUACCUGGCAUGUCUUGGGAUGCUAAGGCAAACCUAUUUCCUACUCACAUGCUCUCUUCAGAUAUUCCUCCUGGUGGAAGUGCAGUCCAGCACUAUGAAUCCCAAGUGUGAAGAGCCUGGUGUUAAGCUCCUCGAAUUCACUGUGCUGUCCACCUGCAGAGGCAGUGUUUGUGCUGAGUGACCAGGAAAGCAAGCUAAGCCUAGGAUCAUUAUUCCAUGGGUGAACAGAGUUGAUUCCAGAGGAGUUGCAUGCACUUUUUUCUCUCUCCCAGCCUGUCCAUUUUUUCCAUUUUCAAGCUGGCUCCUGGGUUUAACUUGGGACUUUGCAAGGGAAGGGAACAAGUGUAUCUCAUUUUCAUGGUUGAGAUGUGGCUAUCCAAAAGUCUGCAAGGAAUCUUACAAGGAGCAUGGAGCCUAGGCAAACAUCUGUGAGAGUGUGCCUUUUGGCUAUUCAAAAGAGGCCUCCUUUGGGCCCGAGAUCUGCAGGACAUUGCAGAGCAGUGGCUGCUGUCAGAGCCCCAACACAACAAAACUGUGGCAGCCUGAGAGUCACCAUAUUGUUACGUAUUUGGGACAGCUGAAAUAACAAUAUGAUUUCAAAUCUUCUUGGAAGGCAAAUAGCAACAUUUAUUAAAAAGCACUCCCUUUUGAUACACUGUUCUCGUACAACAUGGACAUGAUUGGUCAUUCAAACCAACACCUCUUCAUAAACAUCUUUGCAAGUAAACAAGAUGGAAAAACAGUAGUGUUUUUCAAAGAUUAGAAAUUGUUGAGAAUGUCUUCUCUCAGCUCCCCCAGAGCAAAUGCCUGGGAUCUAUCUGACUUUCUCCUCUGACCAGGCUUUCAGCAUCCACAUCACUGGAGAGCUCUUCUGGAUGUUCUCUGAUGUGAAUAUGCCAGGGAAACAGCAAAUGGGAAGAGGGGAGCUUUGAGUCAGGAGAUAAGCCAACAUCUCCCUGCCACAAAGAGAAGUCAGGCUCCAAAGUGAGUCAGAGCAAAGGUCAGCAUACAGCUACAUGCGUAAGAAGCAACUGUACAUUGCAAUACUCCUGGAAAGUUACUUCCUUUGCUUCUUUUGUCCCCUAAAUAUCACGGAAGAAGGUAGGUUCUUCAGAGCCAAGAUGCCAGCCAGAAGAAGUACACUUGCUUUUAGUUGUGGCCUUGGGCACCAGAAGUCAUGUUUGCUUUGCUUUCUUUACAUCCUUGUUCCUUCCCAGGAUUCUCACAGGGGCACAGGACCUGCAGGAUUGCUGCAUUUUCUCAGCUCCCCCAGGAAGCCUUGAGCACUAGAUUAUGGACUAUCAGCAUUUUUUCUGCUGCUUCAUGACUGAGGAGAACUUCCUGGGCUUUUCUUUUGUGUCAGCUGUAUGGAAGAUUCAGUUGCCGGGCACAACUUUGGCAACAAAGGCAGAGCGGCUGUUAUUUGUGAGGUCAAGGGAGCGCUGCCACGUCACAGUGCUGCCAGCACAACGUUGUCCUGGCACGCACAAGGCCUCGCUGUUGCGGAGCAGCUCUUCCGCUCGCUGGCUGCAGGAGGAUCCUUGUGAUCAAGGAGCUCUCAGCAGACGGCCUGCACCGCGAGAGGAAUCUCGGUUUUUCCCUCGCAUGUCAUUCAGUGUGCAAACCCACACAGCACUGCUGAAAUGAUCAGGCAAUUCUGUGCUGUGGUUUGCACUGCCUUCUCUGUGGCAUAUUCUGCCUACUACGUGAUCCAGCUGACAUGUAAGGAAAGGUUUAUCCUGGGGGUAACAUCACCUGGCUCUUGUUUCACUCUGCUCCUUAUGCCCAUGCCCGUGUGACCCAGUUGAUUUGGGAACAAAAUUGCCAUUAAGAUGCCAGCAUUUUGGUAAAGCUCCUGCCAAGAGCAUCAUCUGCAAAGGGGGCGUCUGUACUGGCUGGAGGGUGGAGAGUAUUUGCAAUGUAACCUGCUGCGGUGGCAGUCCCUCCAUGGGAGAGCGCCUGGCCGUGGAGUCUGUAAUUUCCUCAGCUUGCUGCUUCAACCUGCAAGUUGCAGACUCUAAGGAGAGAUCUUCAGAAGUACCUCCAAAACCCCUGUGAUUCUCUCCAGGGGUGGGGGAAAGCAUCUUUUGCUCCAAAUGGUGCCAUUAGAAACUUUGACAGUCUGACUUAACCCUUUAUGGUGUUGCGCAUCAUCACCCUUGGCGAUGAUGUGCAAACUCCAAACCAGUUAGGGUUUGCUGCUGAUGCCAGGAGCUGUCCCAGGCUGCUUCUGCAGGGAGCUGCCACAGCUAAAGGGCCUUGAGGGAAAGUUUCCUGGGAUAUUGUCUUCAGUAUAUUGAUGGGAAUUAGUGCAUGCAAUUCAUGGCAAAAAUUAUAAAAUUCAGGAAAGAGAGGAGGAAAAAGCUGCUUGCUCUUUUGGGUGGAACAGAAGCUGUGGCUGUUAAAGAACAACUGACAUUUCCAUGGCUCUCUUUCCAUUUCUCUCCUGGCAAAAGAGACCCAAAUGUAGACAGAGCCUAGUAUGGUGUCCUUGUUGUUCUCUUGUUUGCUGUGCAAAGGACUAGUGCUCCCGGAGGGAUGCUGGCAAAGAGAAAUGCUCUCUGGUGGGACUGACUUGUCCUGUGGGACUCCCCAGCACAGGAAUUUUUCUAAGGGCAUCUGGUUCCUUUUCCCUUGCUCGCUGCAGGUCACCUGACACAUGGAAUGGAUCACAAUCUCAGACUCCUAAACCCCAGCAGGCUAGUUGGAGUGGAUUGUGAUAAGGUCCAAAAGAAGAGGAGUGGCAACAGAGGGCUGAUAAAGGACCACGCGGGGUCUUAAGCAUUGGCAGUUCCAGAGCAACUUUAUUAUCCAAAGGGAGCCGACAACAAAAUACCCAGAACAAAGGAGUGCAAGCCUUUUUAAAGAAGGGUGGUACAAAAAUCAGGAGAUGAACAGGAACCAAUCAAUAACUUUCAGGGGUGGGGUAUGGGAUCACACCAUAGGGGGAGAACCAAUCAGGGAAAACACUAAGGUAUGGUUUAAACAUAUUGCCAAAUGGGGAACAGAAUUGGGGAGGUGGGUAUGGGAUGAUGGACAUGGGAUGGGUGUGGGGUGAGAUAACAGUUGGGUUUGACAGACAUGAGGGUUGAACCAUGGAUGGGGUUUGGGGGAAUAAACCAUUUUCAGGGUAUACCACAGGAUGGAGACAAGCCUGUCCUUUGGUGAGUGGCAAAGCAAUCUCUGAUGUUGCUGACAUGUAAGAAUUGUGCAGCAAGCUGUGAACUUGGACUGUUGUUUGAAAAUAGAGUGUAGAGUGCCUGCCUAGGAGGCUGAAAGACAGUCCAAGUGGCUCUUGGCAUCGGCAGUAGCAAAGGCAGCAGUGGCUCUUUCCUAACUUUCCAAUGAAGAGCCUUUCAAAAGGUAAAAGCCAAGUGUGGCAGCCCAAAAGGUAUCUUGCUGACUGAAGCCCAGGUGGAAGAUGGAAUGCAGCAAGAUGGACUACCACCUAAUUUGCCCAUCUUUAUAGGGUUGUUGCGAUUAAGAAUCCCACUGGUAUCUAAGUCUAUGGUUUCUCCUUAGUCCAGGUGCUUAGCCAGCUCCUGAAGGAUUGGCAAUAGCAACCAGCUCCUAAUGGAUUGACCGUUCCCAGUCUCUCUCACUGCUCUCUGUCUGCAGGGCCCAAAAGCAGGGUCAACACCUCUUCUGGCUCCCUCUCUUGUUGAGGAAGAGGCUGAGGAGGAGCAAAAGGACAUCAAGCCUCCAGCUGCUCUCCCUCUAUGGCCUGAACGUGCAGAGCCACUGGACACCCCCUCUGCCAUUCAAGGUGCCGCCUCAGCAGCAUGGACUGAAGCAGCCGGCACUCCCCCAGCUGCCGGCGCUCCGUCCAGCAGCCCAGCCCAGCAGCCCGAGAUGAGAGAGGAGCAGAGGUUGACGAGACUGAGUACGUGUGGUGUAUUUCUGGUCUGCUAAAGCUGUGUGUUGUCUGCGUGUCUUGGUGUAGGCAUGCCAGAAGUUUCUCAUUGGGUUUAGUGCCUCAGAGGCACUUAGGCCUCUCUGCAGAAGUUGUUGUUAUUCUUUGAGGCAGCAAGAGAGCACUUGGGGUGUUCCUGCUGCCUCUGAGGGCAGCUGGCACUGGCUUGGCUCUGCCUGGGCUGCCUUCUGUGCCAAAGGCAAAAGCAGAGAUUUUUUUUUGCCUGAGCAGGCUGGCACUUAGCGAGUGACUGGGCCCCAGAGAGCUCUCAAGCUCCUGACAGUGGGGCUGCAUUUUGGAUGCUCUGGGGAGCAGUGUGUCUGUUUGAAGGCAUGCAUGGCUUUGUCUUUCAGGGACUUUGUGAGUCUGGGUGAGCCAAGGAGCAAAUACAUGCCACUUGAAGAACUUGGACGAGGGGGCUUUGGAGCUGUUUAUAAAGCCCUUGACACCAGCACAGGACAACAGGUGGCCAUCAAGAAAAUGACCCUUCAAGAGGAGAUGUCUGAGGAGCUGGUUGUCAAUGAAAUCCUGGUCAUGAGGGACAACAGGAAUCCCAACAUUGUAACCUACUUAGACAGCUACCUGGUAGAUGCGGAAGUCUGGCUGGCAAUGGAGUUCAUAGACAGUGGCACCUUGUUUGAUGUACUCGGGGCAGUGUACCUGGAAGAAGGACAGAUAGGCGUUGUCUGUCGGGAGGUGAGGGAUCCUGCUUGUGCUUCCCCUGGUCUGCACAGGAUGCUCCUUGUCAACUGGUGGGUAAGAAGAGCAGAGAUUUCUUGCUCCCUUCUUUGGUUUGGUGCUUCUGUCAUGACACCAGAAGGAGAAACAGCAUCUGAAGUAAGCUACCUGCCAUUGUCCCUGCACUUCUUAGGCUCUGUUCCGGCACUCUUAUAUGCCUCUGUAUAUAAGAGGCAUUCCCAGCAUGGGCUGUGGGAAUGUUUUGGGUGAGUGCCAGUUGCCCAGAAGUGCUGCUUGGCCAGUGUGUGAAUUGUGAGGGCAUUUUUGAAGUGGCCAGUGCCUUCUUUCCCUGGCUACAACCCCUGGAAGCAGAGUACUGCUGCUUUUGCAGGCAGAUUCACAAUGGCCUUGGCAGGCUUGGAGUGAGGGGUGUUUUUGCCUGGUUUGCCAGUGGGAGCUGCCUUUGACAGGGUUUGCUUUUCUCCUCAGCUGACUUUGGCCUCUGCUCUCAGCUCACCUCUGAGUGCAGCAAGUGAAGCUCCAGGGUCGGCACUCCCAGCUGGAUGGCACCGGAAGUGGUGAGAGGAGAAGCCUACGGCCCCAAAGUGGACAUCUGGUCCCUGGGGAUCAUGGGGCUGGAAAUGGUGGAAGGGGAAGCUCCUUACCAGAGGGGAACCUCAUCUCAAGAUAAGGUGCAGCUUCAAAAGAGAGGUUUGUAUGGAGAGAGCUGUUGUGGCUAGGAAAUCAGCAGGUAAAAUGUCCUCUGCCAAUUUUUUUGGUAGGUUUUUAACGGAUAGAAAGGAACAGGCCCCCAAAACUGCAAAACCCCAGGCACCACUCGACUCUCCUGCAUUGCUUGCUCCGCUGCUGCCUGCAGGCAGACGAGGACAGUGCUGGUCUGCUCAGGAACUCCUGCAGGUAAGAAAAUGCAAAGCAGCAAAAAGCCCUGUGAGGUGAGGACACCUGCAGGAAGGGCUGAAGAGGACUGUGGGCCACAUGGGCCUGGGUGAGACAGGUGCGGGACAGAAAGGCAGAGCGGCAGAUGGUACUCUCGGUCCUCCUUGUGCCGAGGAAUAGCCUCAGUUAGCCGAGGAAUCCCACUUGAGCCUGUGAGGAUGUGAUCUUGGAAAGUAAUGGUUCCUUUUUUUUUCCUUUUUCCUCUGGGCAGCAUCCAUUUGUGACCUCAGGCGAGCCUGCCUCCAGCCUGGCUGCUCUGAUCAUCUCAGCCAGGCAAGUGCAGGAAGACUGGAGAGGAAACGCUUGCACCUGAGGAAGACUCUGUGCCUGUUCUGAAGAGUGUGCCUGUUCUGAGGAAGACUCGCCUGUUCUGAAGAGUGAAAGGUGGGAUGUAUCAUGUUUAGGCAGAGUCAGCCAUCCCCUGGACUUGAUGAGGAGCUGUGCCAAAGAUAGGGAAUUUAAUAUUUUAUGAUUUUCUUAGCUUAGCUGUUUUUAGUUAGGACUAUAGACCAUAGGAAUUUUCCUUGUUGGAUCAUUGUUUAGUUAAGAGUAGAGUAUAGUUGACGUAGGAAGCUCAGAAGCAUCCUUUAAGGAGAAAAGAAUAUUAAGAAUUAGGCUGUGACUCAGCAGAACUGGACCAGGCAUGCGCUCCGAGCUGUCAGCCUGAACAGGCCACCAGGAAGACAGAUUGAUGAUGACAAUGAUGAUGAAUCCGAAGGUCCUCUGUUUCAGCCCUUGGUUUCAGCAGGACUGUCAAUAAAACCUCUAAAACCCCCAGAGCCCUGGAAAGUUCCCUUCCUUGCCACACUCCGCCUAAGCUGGACAGCACCUUCAAAUCUGUGUGUGCUGGAUGGGUUGUGCUGUUCACAGUACCAGGCUUUGCGCUGCUUCCCAGCGGCCCAAGUCUCUCCCUGCUCACUGAGGGGCCCAGUGACUGUGAGGUGAGAGCAGGCCCAGCCUUGCCCAGGGCAGAGCUCCAGCAGGGCCCUGGCAAAGCCUGAGCAGCCUGAGCCUGGCAGAGGCAGGCUGGAAGGAGGCCCGUGUAGCUGCAAGAGGCAGCAGCAAGGCCCUGGGUGCCUCUUCUUGGGACUGGGCAAAUGCACAACUCUCAGAGCCAAAGUGUUAGAAAUUAGGGCCAGGAGAUCUUCUUCUCCUUUGAAAAGCCUUUAUUGAAAAACAGCUUUGGGGUGGGGGCCCAAGGGGUUGCGUGCACCGCCACUGCUCCCAGGUCCAACGCCAAGAAGGAGGAAUUCGGCUCUGUCGCUGUUCACUGCAGAUCCCGGGCUUCCAUCCUCACAGGAGUCUAUAGGAAGACCUCGCAGACCUGUUUAAGGGUCUCCAUUCUGGUCCAGUUCUAUACCAGUUAGGGUGACACCUGCUAGUCACUCUUCAAGGGAGCUAUUCCUUUUCCCUAUCUGGGGAAAUAGUUUAUUAAUUUUAAUUCAUCUCUGGCCCAUCAGUCUAGGGGAUUAUUCUUCUCUGUGCUGUCACACAGAGGCUCAUUUGCAUGUUCUGUACGUGCAAGUGCCAUUUUGGGGUUACAGAAAGAUGAAGGGACCACUUUUAGAAGCUGUUAUUGAAACAGCGGAGCAGCAGAGACAGAGCGGCACAGGCGGAGCAAUAGAGGCAGAGCAGCAGAGGCGGUUUCCUGACGGAGGGUAAGGGUAAAUACAAUAGGGUAGAAAAACGGGUAAAGAGGGCUACAAGGCAGUACAACAACCAAAGGGCACAAUAUACUACUUAAAGCCAGUGAACAGUGAGAACAAUAAGCAUUAACUAAAUAAAUAGCUAAAAACAGCAUUGUUAUAAAUGCCAAUACAAUAUUCCAAUUAAAAUAAUAAUUUGGUUUAUUAAUAAAGAUCGAAUUACAGAAUUUCGAUAAACCCAACAACAGCGGAGACACUUGACAGUCUUUUUCCCGGGAAAAUGCCAAGGGUGAACCGUGAGAUACAGAACAUGGCAGUCUGCUAUCUCCAGCAACGGUUCACAAAUUUGCCCAAUUUGGGGCUUGGUUUUUAUACACUUUAUUCUGCCCUCGGCAAUAUUUUCCCAUACUUCCCUUUGUUUCCCGACUAGCUAUUCAAAUUCGAGGGUUUCUCUGACCAGGCUGAAAAGAGUUCUUUUCUCAG